CGCUGGUCUUUUUAGACGAUUCUAGUUUCGUCCGAAUUAAUUGAGAAGGAAGGAAGAUUUGUUGCUGCUUUACUUCGGAUCUGAAAAAGGAUAUCUUAUCGUCAAAACAUUCCCCUCCCUUGUAGUAACUACUGAUUUUUUCCUCUCCCUCCACCUCCCCAACUGAAAUCCUGUCAAUGAUAAGGAGGAACCUCGCUCAUGCCAUCCUUUUCUCUCUCUCGCAAAACAACAUCACCACCAUCACUUUCCCCUCUUCUCCCUUCUCUUCCUUCUGCCACCAACAUUUCCCACACCUACCACCACCAUCGCGCCAGAGCCGGAAGAAACUCCCGCCUGCAACCGAUGGCAUUUACCGCACCAAUCCCCUCGUGCACCGUUCUCUCCCUGAACGAAGCCGUACCUCAUUGCCGAAGCCUCUGCCGGACUGCGCAUCUCGUCGCGACGUCCAAAGGGUAUGCUCGUUGCUAUGCCUUUACCGAGACCCCGACUUUGAUCAUCUGUUCGAUGGGUCUAUUUCAGAAUUCGAUUCGGAAAUGAUCUUGGGUGUCUUGAUGAACUACAGACGCCUGGGGAGGAAAACCACAUUGGCGUUCUUCUCUUGGGUCGGCUUCAGAUUGGGCUUUCGAUUUGAUGAUAGGGUGAUCGAGUUCAUGGCAGAUUUCUUAGGCCGACGAAAACUGUUUGACGAUUUGAAAUGCUUGCUGAAGUCGGUUUCGUCUCACGGAGGGUCUGUUAGUCCUAGAACUGUCGCUAUUUCUAUAAGGUUUUUGGGUAGGCAGGGGAGGAUUGGGGAAGCUCUCAGCUUGUUUGAAGAGAUGGAAGCGCAGUUCGGAUUCGUUCCGGACAAUGUGGUGUUUAACAACGUUCUCUACGUUUUGUGUAAAAAGACUCCUCUAGAUGAAAGCAGCAUCAAUUCAAUGGCUGUCAUUGAUACUGCCCUUUCGAUGUUUAGGAGGAUCGAGUGCCCGGAUAAGUACUCGUACAGUAACAUCAUUGUUGGGUUGUGCAAAUUUGGUAGAUGGGAGACUGCUCAGAAGAUUUUUCAUGAGAUGCGUGACGCAGGAAUGAUGCCUACUAGAAGUGCAGUCAAUAUGUUCAUUGGUGAAUUAUGUGCAUCAAAGGUAGGGAACGGGCGGACUGGGAAAAUCAGAAUCAGUGAUCAAUACCGAUCUAUUAGCAUACUGGUUCCGGCUUUUAGGAAUAGCAGCGAUUGCUUGGAGCCGGCCGUCGACAUUUUCUGGUGGUUUUGGGAUAUGGGUGUUCUUCCCAGCACCUUUGUCUUAACUCGUUUCAUACAAGGACUUUGUAGUUUGAGAAAAAUGGAUGAGGUCUUGAAGAUUUUGAAGGUUGUGGAGGAGAAAGGACUGGAGUUUGUGAAUGAAUGGUAUCCUAUCGUGAUCAGAGGUUUAUGUGAUGUUGGCUCGCUUGAUGAAGCUUGUGAAAUGUUUUGGAAAAUGCUUUCCCAUGGACUGAAUCCGAAGCUCAAAACUUACAAUGCCUUAAUCUCUGCACUGUGUGAAGCUGGGGAUCUAAAAGAGGCAGAAAAUGUCUUUAGCGUCAUGAACAAGAAAAGGUGUGCUCCUGAUGGUGCGACUUGUACCUCUCUGCUGCAUGGUUGGUGUAGGUGUGAUAAUUGGGAGGCAGCACAUGAGUUGAUGAAUCAGAUGUUGGAUGUUUAUCUGUGCCCUGAUGCUAAAACUUCUGAUUCAGUUGGCAAACUAAUCAGGAAACAUGGGCAUGUUGACCUAUCACUUAAGCUGCAAGCAAAAAUGGAGGCAGUGAUCCUACGUAACCAUUGCAAAGCAGGUCGCUUGGGACCUGCGUAUGAGAAACUAAGCUCCAUGCUUGCCAGAGGAAUUUAUCCUCCACUUUAUGUUAAAGAGUUAUUUGAAGACACAUUUUGGGAUGCUGGAAAGUGGGAAGAGGCUCGUGAUCUGUUGAAGCAGAUGAGCUAAUCCAUCUUCCGACAAAAGCUUUUUGCUACGGAAACAUGGUUAUUCACUCGUCGUGGACUCUUGGUUAAAAUGAAGCCGCUCUGUUACAUAACCAUUGCAAAGAAGGGCCCACAUAUGAGAGGCUUACUUCUGUUAUCUGUGAUUUAAUUCGUCCUCCUAUUGCCUUGGAUUCUUCUUACCGCACCGAUUUUGGGAGGCCAGAAACAGGAAUUGCUUGGAAGUUGUAACCUUACGAUCAUAUGAGCGCGUCUGUAUCUUGCAAACCUUUCCGUACAAUAGUCUUGCCUGGAUUGGACUUUGUAACUUGAUCCAGUCGGGUUAUUCCAUUGGAAUUUUAGAGUCUCUUUGGGAAGUGUUAUCAGGUGAUCAUUUCUCAGUACUCACAAAUUCGUGGCAUCACUGGCUUGCAUUCCUUAAAAGCACACAAGUAGGUCAUCUGCAACUUCUACUUCAAGAGCGGUAGACUACUAAUGCGUCAUUGAUGCUUUGCUUUCAGUUCCAUGCUUCUACUGUUUCGAUGGGGGUGUUACUGUAUGAUAAUCAGGUUAAAAGCAACUUCAGCUGAGAUAUCUCUAAUCCUCGCAUCAUUCUUCUACCUUGAAGUGGCGAACACCUGCAGGAAGCAAAUCGCUGCCAAGGCUAUGUUCCUGUGCUUUGUUCUUCACAUGAAUCUUUUGUUUAAAUCACUUCUCAGAUUCGACUAUGGGACAAUUUGUUCAUUAUUUGUGACCUUUUGCCCAUCGGAGUUGUAAAGAACGUUUUCUUUUUUGUAGUUAUAUCAAAUGAGAGCACAAUACAUAAGCAAAGGUUGAAUUCAAAGAAUGCAUGUUCUUCCAGUGUAAAGAUUUUCAAGCUAUGGCUGGGCAAUUUUUUCCUUGAGUUGGAGACAGGAAAUUAUUUUCUACCUAGUGCUAUAUGUUACUUUAGGCUCUAUGAAGGAAUCAUAAACGAGAGAGCAAGCUUGCACUCUUAAUGGA